AUGGAUGAAUCUUUCUUUUUUCAACAGCAUGGCUUAAUUAAUCAUGCCUUAUCAUUACUUGUAAAACGUAAUUUUGGUGAUGAAGCUUGGGAUUCAAUCAGAGAGAAGAUAGGAAUGUCAAAUAGCAGUUAUUUUAUACAACGUAAAGUCUACGCUGACGAUGUUACGUUCGAAUUGGUCAAGACUGCAUCUGAAGUUUUAGGUAUCCAAGUUAAUGACUUACUGGAAACGUUUGGCCGAUUUUUUGUUAGUUUUUGCGAAGAACUAGGAUAUAAAAGAAUUCUUGAAGUAAUGGGAAGUAAUCUAUUCGAAUUUAUCAACAAUUUAGACAGUUUACACGAUCAUUUAGCCACAAUCUAUUCAGGAAUGAAGGCUCCAUCAUUCCGAUGCAAAUACAACAGCGAUAAUGAUACCAUAACACUUCAUUACUACUCUACUCGACCCAACUUAGAAUAUAUUGUUGUAGGAAUCAUUAAAGAAGUUGCUGAAAAAAUUCACUUAAUUGAUAUUAACAUGGAAGUAGUUAAAACAAGACAAAAUCAAUUAGACGAUAUCCAAUUUUUAAUCUAUUCCAAAAAUCCAGCAAAAGCAAGAAUCAAAUGCCAUGAUCGAUUGCGGCGGUCUAUUGCUAGUAGCACCAGAAAGCAAACGAAGAAUUCUGAGACAUGCAAUUUUAUUGCGCCGACCACUUUUUGUCGAGCUUUUCCUUUUCAUGUCUUAUUCGAUCGAGAUUUAUCUAUACAACAGUUGGGCCAUGUUAUUGAACGAAUGAUACCAGGCUUUUAUUUAGGAGACUUGAAAAUGGAUAAAAUAUUUAAAAUUGUGAGACCAGUUAUUCAAUUCGACUUUCAUUCUAUUCUAUCUCAUAUUAAUACCGUAUUUGUUUUAACCAUGAAGCCACUAUGCCCAAGUUUUCUAGAGCAAUAUCUGCAAUGGUCUGACGUACGAUUUAAAGGCCAAAUGAUAUAUUUAGAGGAAAAUGAAAUGAUGCUCUUUCAUUGUUCAGUUAGUAUAUCGAGCUUAGAAGAAUUGCGAAGCCACGGGUUAUAUUUAUGCGAUAUACCACGUUAUGAUGCUAGCCGGAAUGUUAUUUUAAGAUCUGACCAUUUUCGCCAUGAUUAUCAAAUGAUGUUGCAACUAGAAACAUUAAAUGAUCGCUUAGCUGAUACUUACCAGCAAUUACAAAAGGAGAAAGAUUUAACGGGGGAAUUACUAUAUUCAGUCAUGCCUCCUUCUGUAGCGAAACAGCUUCGACUUGGCCACAAAGCUGUUCCAAGUAAACAUAGUAUGGCAUCUGUAAUGUUUUGUAAAGUGUCAACAUUUCAAGAUAUAACAACAAAUAUUGAGCCAACGAAACUAAUAGCGUUGCUGAAUGAUAUAUAUAUUACAUUUGAUCAGAUUAUUGAUCGCCAAGGUGAUGAAUUCUAUAAGGUAGAAACACUGGGCGAUAAGUAUAUGGUAGCUAGUGGAAUACCGCAAUAUCAAUCAACACACGCUAAAAGUAUAGUUAAAGUAGCUAUUGAAAUGAUGAAUACGUCGCAAAAGCGAGGAAAUAAGAAGUUAUCCACUAUGUUGUCGAUAGGUAUCCAUAGUGGUGAGAUCGUAGCUGGAGUAAUAGGUGAAAAAUUGCCUAGAUUUAGCAUAUUUGGAGAUACAGUGAACAUUGCAAGUAGGACACUGACCACAGGAGUACCGGGUGUUAUCAAUAUCACUGAAGAUACUUUUAGGUGCCUAGAUAGCCCUAAAUACUUUGAAAAUAAGUAUUUAUUAUCAUGCUUAGGCCCUGUAAAUAUGAAAGGGCGCUCUACUCCGUUAACUUGUUAUAUUGUAUCACAUCAAGCUAAAUCUCCAGCAUCAACUGCUAAUGGCCAAACAAAUUCUUGCCCAUCUACUAUUAAUUAG